UGUAGUUCCAGGCACGUAGAAUUCAAUGCGUCGUCCAGCCGCGAAACGCAAACUCCGAACAACUUACUCCAUAGAAGUUAGAACUCACGUCAUUGAAUUCAACGUACUCUCUCUCCUUCCUCCUCUCCCUCUCGUCUUCAGGGCUUGUUCUACCUCUCUAAAGCCAAAACCCCUUGAUCGUUUAUCGCGAGCUGAUGCACUGAUGACUCAUUUACGGAGGGCUCGUUGCUACUGGAUCUGCAAACGUGGAUGGGAUGGAAUUGGGAGGGGAGGGAUACGAAUUUUAACGUCAUUUUGGACAGCUAGUCAUUCAUGUUUGGGCGUUUCAGAUUUUUAAUUGGUCCGAAUUAGAGAAGCGUGUCUAUUAAGAGAUUGCUUAAUGCAAACUCACGACCAGUUAAGCCAGCUAUGUUGGAGGCGGUGCAGGAGAUUGCCAUUUAUGUUCACAGGUUCCACAAUCUCGACUUGUUCCAACAAGGAUGGUAUCAAAUAAAGAUUACCAUGAGAUGGGAGGAUGAUACUUACACCUCACCCGGAAUUCCUGCAAGAGUUGUUCAAUACGAAGCUCCUGACGGGGGCCUUGAUAAUGCCCUUGGAGUUUGGAGGAUUGAUGAUACAGACAACAGUUUCUACACACAACCAUUCAGGAUUAAAUAUGCAAGACAGGAUGUUCUUCUAUCUGUCAUGAUCUCGUUUAAUCUAUCUCUUGAAAAGUGUGAGGUCCCAGCAACAUCAGCUGUAAUUUUGAAAUUUGAGCUUCUGUUUUCUCCGAUAUUAGAAAAUGGGUUUGAUAUGCAGGCAUCUUUGGAUGCAUUUCCUGCUGCUGUCCAUGAAUUCCAGAUUCCUCCUAAAGCUCUUUUGGGUUUGCAUUCAUAUUGCCCUGUCCAUUUUGAUUAUUUCCAUGCGGUGCUUGUUGAUUUAAGUGUGCACAUUGUUCUACUGAAAGCUGGAGCUCAUGGUCCUCGACAAAAGGUACCCAGUGAUUCACAGUCAGUUGGAGAUAUUGCUGGUGUAAAUUGUGAUGGGUCUAAUCAAGUGUCGGGCCAAAGGGAUUCCACCUAUUCAAAUCAAAUUGCAUUUCUUAAAGCACUCUUGGUUGCUCGUGACAUACUUCUUGACGAACUAGAAAAGCUUAACAAAGCAAUUGAUCAAACAAUAGAUUUGACUCAUCUUACCUCCAUUCUGGGUGACAAUAAGUUUAUUGGCACAAAUCUGCGAGCAGAUCUACAUAAUACUGGUGCUGAGGAUUUAAGGAAAGGAGCAAGACUUGUAGCAAGCAAGUCAAAAAAUGGUUUUCAGCAGAAUGGUACUACUGAUGAAGUGCUUCAGUCUCAGUCUCUUUUUAAGGAGAAUCUGUUAUGCACUUUCAAUUCAUUGGGCAGCCAAGUUUCAUUUCUAUGGAACACAUUUCUGAAUUUCCACAGGGUUAAUAAGACAAAGAUAGUAGAAUAUCUUCGUGAUGCAUGGGCCAAUGAUCAAAAAGCUGAAUGGGCAAUAUGGAUGGUCUUCUCUAAGGUUGAAACUCCCCAUUGUUAUAUGAGAAGCGGAGAGGAUGAAACAUCUCAAGGUGUCCGUGGGAAGUUUUCACGGAAGCUAAGCGAUGAUCCAGUUGAGAUUGCAAAUGCACGUGCUGAGCUUCAUCGGCGAAGUAUAGCACAGAUGACAAUUGACAAUAAGUUGAUUAAAGAUAUGAAUAUCUUUGGCGAUCCUUUACGCAUCCCUGUUAUAACUGUGGAGCGUGUCAUGAAUUCUCCUCUUCAUUCCACCAGUGGCAAUUCAUACUUCUCUCAUACGGACCAGGAAGAUGCAUCUAACAUACUAAUGGGACCUGUAAAUAAGCAAUCUGAUGCCAGCUGUCAAAGAAAUGGUCGUGUUUUAAGAGUUGUUGUCUUUGUUCAUGGAUUUCAGGCAUGUUUGCUUCUCUGGGAAAUAGGUUUCAACUUGUGCUUCUAAACUUGUGUUUAUGGUUUAUGUAUUGUUUUCUAGCAUAUUUAGAUAAGUUGCUGCCUUUUCCAACUAAACUUGAUGUUUUCCUGUAACAAGGCAAAUGAGAUGUUCUUAUUUUAUAUGAAGUUUGCCACACUUUUCCA